AGAAUGACCAGCUAUGACAGAGUCCGAAAAAUUGUACAAGAAGAGGGCAGAACUGCCAGAAAUUUAGUUCAAUACUCAGUUCCCUUAGCAACGCAUGUUGAACGGUCCAGUAAGUUAAAAUCUAGUCAAGAUGUGAACCAUAUAUUAAUGACAGGAAACCUAUCUCCUAGAGGAAGAGUUUUAUCAGUGGAUUCUCAUUUAGCCAACAGAAUGCCUGGUGAUUUAACUAAAUCUCCUAAGUCUGACAGUGGACGUAAACCAGACCUGCGUGCUCGAUAUUGGAAAUUUUUAUUUGAUAAUUUACAAAGAGCUGUGGAUGCAAUUUAUGAAACUUGUGAACAAGAUGAAAGUGUUGUGGAAUGCAAGGAAGUAAUAAUGAUGUUAGAUCAGAGUGCCAGAGAUUUUAGAUUGUUAAUAGAAAGAUUAGAUAUGUUAAGAGCUUUUGAAGAAUCUGCCAAGGAUGGUGACAGACCAACAGCAAUAGCAUGGGAGGUUCGUAAAAUGUCACCUGGUAAGAUGGCCAACCACCCAGUUCAAGGUCGUUGUUCACCAAGUCCUGCACAGAGAGUUUUAAAUUUUACCACAUCACCAUCACAGAGUACAUCUAUCUCUCAACCCAAGUCUGGUGUUAAAAACUCUAGUAUUAAUAAACGGGAUAAUCAAAAUACACAGGAGAAAAACACAGCUAAUGGUACCAACCAGUGUCCACCAAAUAUUGUUGGAAACAGCUGGGCCGAUAAAGUUAAAGGAGAUGCUGAUGGUUGGGAAACAGUACAGCGAGGAGGUAAAGUCAAGGCUAAAAAUUCUCCAUCUCAGAAGUCAUUAGAAAAUCUUAUUCCUAAAAAAUCAGAUGAUAGUCUCAAAGCUCAAUUAAUUCGCUCAAAAUCAGUCCCAGAAUCUACAAAAUCAAAAUCAAAACAAAAUAUAAAUCAGAAGAAACCCAAUAAAUCUGAAACAGACCCCAAACUACCUGAAAACUCAAAAUGGAAAGACAGUGAGAAAGAAAACAAUUUGCCAGAGAAGAAAUCAGAGAGCAAGAAAGAAUCUCCCAAUGCACCAACAGUCAAACAUGUAAAGACUAGUAGUCCCAAACCUAAAGACUCUUCAAAAUCAAAAACAUUUAUGUCAACUGUAACUAGUGCAUCUUCUAAACCUAGUCCAAAGGAUAAAAAAGGGACAUCGAAAGAAAAAUUAGAUGCUUUAGCUUGUGCUCAAGAUGCUGAAGAAAGUUUAUCAUCUCAACUAGAAGAUGAACAGAAGAGAGCUCUAGAAUCAGCUAUAGAGGAAGAAGAAUCUUGGUUAAAAGAGUUAGCUAGAACAGCUAGUACUGAAAUAGAGGUGGAUACUGAAAGUGAAUUAACAGUGAGUAGAAAUGAAACUACAACUUCAUUUGAAUCAUCUCAAACCACCAUUAACUGGGAAGCUAUGGAAGCUGAAUAUGAAGGUAAACAAUUCAUCUAUAAAUGGAGAUGUAAUAAAUCAUGGAGUGAUAUGGUAGAAGAAGCUGAAGAAAGAACACCAGGUCAUGGAGUUCACAUGCACGAAAAACUUUCCUCUCCAUCGAGAAAAAGGUCACCAACUGAAUCAAGAAGAAGACAUGAAGAAAAACAGGCUAAAGCUCAAGAAUUGAGAGAAAAAUUAAAACAUGAAAAAUCUGAAAGAUUGAGAGAGCUUUCUAAAAAGGUUGAAGAAGUACGAGUGUGGAAAGAAGAAUUGAUUAAACAGAGAAAAGAUACAAUAGAGAGAAAAUUACAGAGAGCUGAGGAGAAGAGACAGAGUCAACUAAGAUUAAAAUCUAUGAAAGCUAGAGAUGAGGAGGCCAAGGCUAAUGAAAUAGCGUUUAUUAAUACUUUAGAAGCUCAGAAUAAAAGACAUGAUAUACUAUCUAAACAUCAAGAAUGUGAGGCCAGACUGAAAGAACAAGCUGAAGAAAGAAUAAGGAAAAUGGAAGAAAAACAAGCUAAAGAAGCUGCAGUAGAAGAAAGAAGGAAAGCUUUAGAAGCUGAUAGAAAAGCUAAAUUAGUAGAAAUGUUAGAACGUAGGAAGAAAAAAGAUGCUAAAUUUGUACAUAAUAGAGAAGAGAGAGAGAAAGAAAGACAUGAAGCUUUAAAAGCUAAAGAAAGGGAUCAAAAGGAAAGAUUGGCAGCAUUAAAUGCUCAACAAGAAGCUCAUAUACAAGAACUACAGAAAAAAAUACAACAGAAGCAAGAUGAAAGUAGUCAACGCCAUUUAGAAGUAUUACAACAGAUCCGAGAGAAAGCAUUUGAAAUGACCAUCUAUAAACAUUCUACUGAAGAUCAUAAUGAUGCCCCACAAUUAACUCUUUAUGAUAAGAAAAAACUCUGUAAAAUUUGUAAUACUUUGAUUCCAUCAGAAGUAUAUUUAUUAAGUCAUUUACGAGGAAAGAAACAUCAACAAGCUUUACAUGAUAAUCAUAAUGGUCAGGUCAUGUCUAAUGAGGAUAUAGAGAAAUUUAACCUAGAGAAUAUAGUUGAUGUACCAGAAAAUAGUAAUCAUCCUAAACUAGUCACAGAGAAAGAACGUCAAAAAUCCAUGAAAAAACGAUAUAAGAAAUUACGAGUCAGGAUGAUUACCAGAGGUGUAGAAUAUGAGAAUGCCUUAUCUAAUAAAAUACAAGUUCAAGAUUCUACACAUAAAGCAAAAAUAUUAAAGAUUGUAAAAGAUAUGAGUAAAUUUAGUCAGUCAUCAGAUACUGGUCCGUGGCCACAGAAUAAAGUUUCUGCUAUUGAUAGAGCCAUAGGAGAACUUGGCAGAAUUUUAGAGAAAAAGGUACCAGCUGAUAUGAAUAAUUUCCGGUUUUUAGGUUGUAUGACACACCUAUCUAAAAUAUUAGCUACAAUAGAUGAUUCAACACCAACAUUACCUUGUGUGGUACCUACUAGGUUAUUAAGUCAUGCUUGUGAAGUAUAUCGUAUAGCAUGUAAAGGAAGUUAUGAAACCAGUCAUUAUAUGUUAUUUAGUAAUAAAAUAGGAUCAUUGGUAGAUCAUCUUAUACAUAGACUGUCUAUGAUAAUACCUGAUCAACCUGUAAGACCUGUAUCACCAGUAGGGUCAGGAGGACAGAAACUACCCUCUGAUCCUGUUGCUGGGAACCUGAUGCAGUUAAUAGCUACCAUCUUAACACGACUAGCUAAAAACAACCCCAGUACAACCUGUAGUGAGGCAUCAUUAGAAAGAAUGAGUAGUAGUGGUGAUGCUUUUCUUAAUAGAGGCAAUGAUUUUAUCAGUUACCUGAUAAGUGUUGGUAUAAUAGAUAAAUUACGUCAGUUUUUCUCCAGUGUACGUGGUCCAAUAGAUGAUGAUAAACAAGCAGCUGAAUUCUUACAACAAACUUCUGUUCACCACAAGACUUUCAUAUUAUAUAUGAUAUUUUUCAGGAAUGUGAAUGUAUUUGACAAGAAGAAAUUAGAAGAUCCCUCUCAACUGAUAGCUACGUUUGAAGUGACUGAAUUAGUAGGAAUAGUAACAUUACUGUAUGGUAUGUUGUUACAUUCUGGAGCUCCUAGUCGUGGUGAAGUCUCGCCUCCUGAUCUACCAACCAAUACUCUCAAUAUCACUAUAACUGGUUUACGUAUGUUAAAUCAUAUGGCUACAUUAGAUCUGAACAUGUUACAGAAAAGUCUGGGUGAAGAGGGUAUAUCUCUAGAAUUCCGUCAUAUAGCCAGUUAUUUAAUGUGGUAUUGUACCCAUCAACCUAAUGAAGAAUUAUUACAUGAAGUUAUAUUGUGUGUUGGCAAUUUUACUGUUUUAAAUCCAGAUAACCAGGUGAUAAUCCAGUCUGGUCAACCACCAACAGUAUUACAACAACUCUGUGUUUUACCAUUUGAGUAUUUCAGUGACCCUAAACUGACCAAUAUACUGUUCCCUACUCUCAUAGCCUGCUGUUAUCAAAAUACAUUAAAUAGAGAAAUACUGGAACAGGAAUUGAGUUGUGCCCUAUUAUCUAACUUUAUUGAGGUAGGUAUUUUAUUUUUCUGA